ACAUAAAUAGGAUUCUGUGUGUGUGUGUGUAUAUUUAGUGACGUACAAAUAAUCCUUUUCAAUAAUAAUGUUGUAUGGUACAGCCACUUUUCUUUACGAAAUAAAAAUUCCGCUAAAUGUGAGGCGAACGUUUCUCUCUUCGAAUUUGGCGCGAAUUUGACGAAACUGAAGGGCGUGUUUACAACGCAACAAAAUCAGUUCGAGAGAAAGUUACCAGAGCCCGGACCAAUCGAUCGGCCCAACUGACCGAUGCGAUUGGCGAAUUGUCACGUGUGAUCUGCGUGUAAAUCGAGUUUGAUCUCGCCCCAUACGUUUCUGGCGCGUGACUCAAAAAUGGAUGACGGAACGAAUGUGCGUGCAUCUUUUUUUUUUUUUUCUGAUUGAUUCAACAUUUUAUGCAGCGCGUACGUAAAAUGUGGAUUUUGAUGAUUCGAACUACGAAAUUUUGUAGAUAGGAUUAUUUAAGGGAGGUUUUAUUGAAAUAUAUGUGUGUGUGUCGAACGUGCCUUCAGUCUCGUUUGAUUGGGCACGCGGAGUUAUUAGGAAUAAUUUGUUAGGUUAGUUCACUCUUCGUCUUAUAUCGAUAAUGUGCGCGUUUGUAACAAAUCGAUAACAAAUACUAUAUAACAAUGCAAUGAGAAAAAAACACGUGAAAAACGUCGAAGUGCAGUGAUCGCACGUGGAGUUUCUUUUUUUCGCGCUCGCUCUGUUUCUAUCGCAACUAAGGAGGACAAUCGAGUUGCUCUUCUAAUCGCAAGGACGACAUCCCCACCACGCAAAAAGGCGGACCUUUUUGAAUAACGUCGGACUUCUAAUUGUUGCUUCUGCUGUUGAAUCUGCUGUUUAUUAUUAUCCGUUUUUUUUUUGUUUUGUUAUUUUAUCCGUCAGCUCGCGAUCAACCGCCAACAAUGUUGCGAACGAGACUUCGCUUCGGAUAUCUUUCAACCAGUCCAUUUCUCUCAAGUCGCAUCGCUUACGUGGGCACAGGGAUAGCCCUUGUGAGCGUAAGUUACGCUCUUCUACCUUCACGGAAGAAGAGAACGGUGAGGAGCGUUGCGGGAAGCUGCGUUAGAUUUGCGAGAUCGUUGAAGAUCGGUUUGACGAUAUCUCUGGACUACUUGAUCGCGCCUGUAAUGGGUUACACGGAUUCCGAGAUACACGAAAGAUCCGCCGACCGAAUCGUUGAGGGCUGUCUGCGGAACGGUGGAAUUUACAUAAAAGUCGGACAGGGCUUGGCGGCGAUCAAUCAUAUCCUUCCGAAAGAAUACACGGAACGUUUGUCAUUGUUGCAGGACAAAUGUCUGACCCGAGAGAACGACGAAAUGAAAGAAAUAUUUCUGCAAGAUUUUAAUAAGAAUCCGGAAGAAAUGUUACGUAAGAUUGAACCUGAGCCAGUCGCGGCUGCCAGCUUAGCUCAGGUGUACAAAGGUGUAACUCUUGAUGGGGACGAAGUAGCGAUCAAAGUGCAAUAUAUCGAUCUUCAGGACCGAUUCAAAUCCGAUUUAAAAGCGAUGAUGUAUCUGCUAAAAGCAGUUACGGUGAUACAUCCGAAAUUCGACCUGUACUGGGUGUUAGAUGAAAUAAUUGAUACUUUAUACAUGGAACUAGACUUUGAGAACGAAGGGAAAAACGGAGAGCGAUGUGCUAAAGAUCUGAAGAAAUUCGACUUUGCACAUAUACCGAAAGUCUAUUGGGAUCUCACCACUAAGAGAGUUCUUACGACGGAAUGGAUCGAUGGUGUUAAAGUAACCGAUGUGAAGGGGAUCAAAGAUAUGGGAUUGGAUAUCGCGGACGUCGACAAGAAACUAAUCGCUCUAAUGGGCGAGCAAAUAUUUCACACAGGAUUUGUGCACGCUGAUCCACAUCCAGGAAACGUUCUCGUACGAAAAGGAAAAGACAAAAAAGCGCAAAUAGUGCUACUGGAUCACGGCUUGUACGAAUACCUGCCGGACAACACGAGGCACGUUUUGUGCAAGUUUUGGGAAUCGAUGGUUCUGAGAAAUAACAACUCCCUGAAAGCUCUUGCGAGUGAUUUGAACGUGACGGAUUAUGCAUUGCUAGCAGAAAUGCUACUACAAGCACCGUAUCAAGUUUCUUUCGCGACGCGUCCGAACGACGUAACGCUGGAAAAUUAUAUGAAACAAACAGUGCAAAAUCGAUUCGAUAAAAUAACAGACAUAUUGAAAUCAAUGCCAAAGAAUAUGAUGCUAGUAAUCAGAAACUUGAACAUGAUACGCGCUAUCGUCAAGGAUCACGGAGACAUUGUCAAUCGGUACAGGAUAAUGGCAAGAAUUGCGACACGUGGGAAAUAUCGAGUCGCAAAACAAUCUUUUUACAAAACAAUCGCGAGGACUUGCAGCGUUGUACACUUUGAAAUUCGUAUCUUUUGCAACAAUCUUCUGCAAUGGAUAUCCAAGCUGUAUCUACUUUUGCUGAGAUCGAUCGGUUACGAUGUCGCGUCAUUUUUACAAACAAUCUAACGAUAUUAGAAGAAUGCAAUUGCAACAUGUGUAUAGCAUAUUUAUUAAUAUUGUAUACAAAUGUAAUACUAUGAAUUAUAAAUCGCCAAAUUAACAUUCCUUUGUUUACAAAUUUCAUAAUGUUAUAAAUUUUAUGCAUAUUGGGCAUUAAUUAAAUAAUAAUUCUUAUACCUUAAAAUCUUUUGCAUUAUUUCUAAAGUACAUAAAAACAUGUAUAAGUUUCAUAUCGGUUUCCUGUUUAUUGCAAUUAGUAUUAUUAUUAUUAUUAUUAUUAUACAUAUUUAGUCUUCUACCAUCCUUGGGAAAGGAGUGAUAGAAAUAUACAAAAGAAUUUAAAGUUGAAUUACAUAGUAGAUAUAAAUAUACAUAAUUUAUAUUUAAUAAAAUUAUUUAAUAAAAAUGUUCUUUCUAUUGCGCUGAUCCACCGUGUUCCGCAAGAUUUUUCUGGAUGAGAAAACAAAUUUUAUAAAUAACGCUAAUUUAAUAAAAGAUCAAAAUAUUUGUGAAUAAAAAAUUUUGAAAACAAGAGAUUACAUAGUUUUCAUAAUAAUUCACAAAAUGCAAACAAUUGAGUGUUUAAGCAUAUUAUGAAGCUGAGGAUCUUUACAUAUGUAUGUGUGUUUGUUUUGACACAAAAUCCACACAUAUAUAUGCAGCCCAAGCCAGUUUAUUUCAUUUCAUACUAGAAUUGGUAUUAAAUUUUUAUGACGAGCUAAUACUAUCUACACUCCUGUACUCAAAUCAAUUCGAGAUGCAAUCACUGUAUUGUUUUUUGUUUUUUUAU